AUGUUAUAUUUAGCAACAUAAAUAUUGAUUAAUACUAACAAAUAUCACUUUCGAAAUUCAAUUUUCCAUUUUCGAGAAUACUUGAAAAGAGUCCUCUCUCCGAUUGAAGAAUUUAUUUUUUUACAGAAUAUUGACAUUUUUCUAUAUUAUCUAUUGUAGAAGGAGUGGAUCAGAAACAUUCUUUUUAAAAAUAAAUAAUUAUAGAAAAUAAAACAUUGUAUAUAAAUAGCUGAUUGUUAAACUUCUCAAGAUAUUAGUAAAGUGAUUUCUAUUCAUCCUUAAAUAUAAAAUGAAUAACACAAUUCAGAGUCAAAUUUAGAUUCUUAACUAAACUUAAGAGUUGUAGAAUUGACUUAGAAAUAUACACAUAUGUGGAAAACCAUAAUCUUCUAUAAAUUCAAUAUAAUAGCCUUAAUAAUAAAUAUUUGUUGUAUUAAACACUGGAUGUAUUAACCUAAGUCAUCAUUUAACAUAAAUCAAGUUCAACCCAUCUAAUGCUCUUAAUUUCAACACAUUUAACGUAUGAUCCAACUUUAGCAAUACUUAUUCUUAAUAAAACAAUUCAGAAACUCACAUGAUGUCACCAGAAUAUAAAUUUCUAAAUUAAGAAGAACUAUUAACGUAUGAUUCAUUAAGAUUAGCAGAAUAAUUAGAGCGAACACUUUUUAACUUAAAAGUUUCUAUUCUCCUCUACUCAUUAAGAGUUUCCUUUAAAUCUGCUUAAUAGUUUUAUCAUAAGAGUUAUAUUCGAAUCCAGUAAGUAUAGCCCUACAUGAAAGUUUCAAAAUUCAAUCUUAUACGAAUCAUGAAUAUUUCACAAUGAUAUGAU